AACUUCUCUUGAUAAGCGGUCAUAUAGAAAUGCCAAAAUUUUAAGUCAAUUGAAAUUCAUGAAAAUGAAGUUUAUAUUCUAUCGUUCUACGUCAGAAAAUUAAUACAAGUAUUCAGUAGAAGACGAACAUAAUCUAAAUUCUAAGUGAACUUUCAAAAAUACAUUUAGGUUACGCGUUCCCCCGAACGUGUACCUAAAAUGUUCCAAAUGAAACAUUUUCUAAUUCUUGAUUAAUCUGGUGAAUAAAUAAAAUCAGCAAAAUGGUUGAGGGAGCGGAGACGAGAGGAAAAUCUGUGUUCGAAAUAGAUCGAGCGAGGAAACUAUUAAUGAAAGAGAAACUAAAACAACUAGCAGAAUGCGACGAAGUUGUUUCUUCAGAAACUGUGAAUGCCAUUGGUCGUGUAACUGAUGUUGUUCGAGCUGCCGAUGAUAAUGCUCCAAGUAGCGACGAGUUCGAUGAGAUUCUCGAGGAACAGCACCAGGACUUGAAUCGUUUUCUCCAUUUACCGAAUGACACUUAUUCUUUAACUGAAAUUAGACCGGAGCUUCCAACUUGCGUGAAAUAUGGCGUUCGUGCAGGAUUGACCCAUAUUAAUUUGCCCAAAUUUUCGCCCCUAUCGAAAGGUCAUCAGGGUGGAGCAACAGCGAUAGCAGCGUUCGCAACAACAACAAUUUACAAGUCUCGUUGCUGGAACGAGGCGGUCAUCGAUCAGAUCAUCGAGGACGGAGAUACGUUUUACUGUGAAUCGUACAAGGACAUAAACACGGACGAUCGUCGGCUAUUGUCUAUACUGGAUUUGAAAAGAACCCUUUGUGUUCAGAAUAAAUUGACAGUGAACGUAAGCAUCGAGGAUGCUGCAUACGCAGGCACGUUUCGUUCGAGCGAACCCACAGGAAUGCACCUGGUGAAAGCUUUAGACUUAUUCUUCAAACGUCACAAUGCUGGAAUUCUGUCCUCGUCGGUAUUGAACGUGGCUAUAUGGAAGGAUACGAAAUACUACAACAUCUUUGACGGUCAGCCUAGAACGGAUAAUUGCGAGCCAGCUGCCGACGGAGUUAGCGGAACAGCGAAACUGUUUCUGGUCAAAGACCUGAUAGGUGUACUCUUCAUCAUCCUAGAAAAGAGCAAAGUAAAGAACGAGCCGUUCGUUCUCUACUCCAUAGAGAUCAGUGGAGUCGAUCAUUAUACCCAACCGGUCGACACCGACAAACCGGAUAAGCCAGACACGAAACCACAAAGAAGACCGAGCGGUUACAAGGUGCAAGAAACUUAUCGAGCAGUGGUUCAAGGUUCUUAUCAUAUGACUCAUCCGGCGAUUCCGCAGCUUCUUCGUAGUCGAACCUACUUGAUCAUCGCACUGGCAGCCCUAGUUUAUUCUCGUCUGGUCAAUGCCAAUAAGUGGACCAGUGCUCUUAUCGACUUAAUUUUCAAUCAAUCCAAUAUCUACUUCGUGGAUCUGGUUCGCGUUCUCGAUAAAGACUUGAACGAUAACGAAUUCGAGCUACGUCUGGACGACAUCAUGGGUGACAUCAUCCUGGGCGCUUAUUCGGCGAAAGUGAAGAUCCGAACGAACGUUGUCCCAGGUUAUGGACAGAAGAAAGGUAAAAUGAGUAUCGACGUUGGUCUGCGCGAAUUCUUCGAGAGUCAAACCUGUGGUCUGCUAGAGAUGAAGGGUUUUUUUUAUGCCAUUUGGAGACACGACGAUACGUAUUACUUCAUGGACCCUUUCGCCUGCGACGACGAGGGUUUCAGAAGUGGAACAGCUGAGUUGGAUGGUCAUAUGAAGGAAGGCGAGGCUGCAUGCGUGACGAUGAACAGCUCGAUCAAUCAAAUGAUGGAAACGAUUAUAGAGAACACUGGUAGCAGAGACAGGGAUCCCUUCGUGAUACACGGUCUUAGGGUUCUGUACGUGAAAACUGGAACCACUCCAGGUGGUCCUUUAGAGAAGGUGAUCUACCGAGAGAAAGGUACGAAUCGCAGACCGCAGCCACCACCGACUGCCCCGCAAACGGACACCAAGCUUGACGAGGAGAUCGACAUGAAGCCGAGGAUACGACCUUCGAUGGACAAGAUGAGAGAUUUGCAGGUGCAGUGUCCGGAUCUGAUGAGAGACGCUGAAUUGUACAUGAUGACGGAAAACGAGCCUCGAACUUACACGAUCGUGGCACCUGAGCCACCAAAGGAACCUGAGGAAGAACUUGACGAAGAGGAGGAAGAAGAGGAAGAGGAAACUGAGAGAGAAGACGAAGGACUGACCGAAGACGAAGACGAAGAAAGACCGGAAGAGGAAGUUCCCGAACCUGUGCCAAUACCAGUCAGAGGCUACAGACUGAUCAAUCCUAAUCGUCUGGUUCUUCAGGGAUCAAAGAACUGUUUGGACGAGAGUUUUGAUUUAGUAUCGAGGGGGAAGCAAGGGCUAAUAACAGCCUUGACAGCCAUAGCUUACAGUAAAUUGAAAGAACCUACUAAAUGGCGUAAUAUGGAUAUCGAUCAGGUCAUUGAAGUAGGUCACAAGACUUAUGGCGAAGUUGUGGACUGGAUUCGAAAAGGGCGACCCGAGGCGAAAGAAAAAGAAAUAGAGGGAGAAGGAGAGGAAGAAGAGGAAGAGGACUUGGAAGACGAAGGAGAACAGGAAGAACAAUUGUUACCUAUCCCAAGUCACAUGGACAUGACUAUGUUACCAGUUAGAUUGAAAUUAGGCGAGAAUGAUGUAUUCUACAAAACGAAGAUGAAGAUCAUCCAAGGAGAAGCCAAUCCUCUGGCCAACCUUGCUGAAGCUCUGGAAUGUUACUUUAAUCGUUAUCCGCAAUUGGUGCUGGAAAACAAGAGACUAAUGUAUGGAAUUUGGAAAGAGGGUACGACUUUCUUUCUCUUCAAUCCUUAUGGCAGUGACGAAGAAGGUUGGCGUCUUCGGGAUCACCCAGCUUCCUUCGCUGUGGUGGGAACUCUGAAUGAAUUGAUCGAUCUCCUUUAUGGUAUCAUGGAGUUCAAUGACCCAUCGUUCAUUAUCCACUUCGUGGGUCUGGAUGCCAUUCAGCCUGGGCUAUAUGCUUCUGAAGAACCUAUCGAGCUUCCUGAAGAGUCAACGAUAGAACAAUUUAAAACAAAGUUUUUGCCAAUUACGGACGAAGAUUUGUCGAAAUUGGAAGCAGAGCUGGAGGAACCAGAAGUGGAGACACAGGGUGCUGAUACUAUAGAAAUGGACGAGGAAGAGGAAGAGGAGGAGGAAGAGGAAGACGAGGGACGACGUCGUAAAUUCGUGGUUGCAGAAACAGAGAAGCCUAUAAUUGAUCCUCUCCUAGAAGUAAAGGAACAGGAACAACCUGAUGCCCCAUACCGUUUGAACUUAAUUUUGUUAACUUCUAAUAUGAAGAUCUUUGAAGAAAGCGAAGAGGAUUUGAAGAAAGUACACGAACAGAUAGCUUUAGAAAAAUUGAAAUAUGAUCAUCCACCACCUUACGUGAUGCCUUCGAAUAAAACAUUGAUUAAACUUCUCGAGGCGAAACGAGCAAAGAGAUCAGUUCCAUCUUUGGUCUCCAGGUUCUCCAUUGAUUCUCGAUUGGACGUGAAGAAGAAAGGAGGUAUGUCAAUACUUAUGUCAAGAUCGACUACAAUGAUGUCGUUCGCUGCCAUAAAUGACGACGUUAGACCUUCGAAGAUGAUCAAACUCUCUCCAAAGAGAUAUUUGUAUUCAAGAAUUCUUCCAAUUUGUUUGAUGCCUCUGAGGGCCAUCAAUGAUAUGUACAUCCAAGAUCAAGAUCGCGAGGAAGCUAUGAAAGAAGAGUUAGAGAAAGAAAACGAAGAUAAGAGGGAUGACUUCGUUGGUGAAGACAUACCGGACGUACCCGUAGGAGUUCGUAUACGACCGCAGUUAAUUCCUCUUGGACCGACUAUUAAAACACCGAAUCUAGAGAAGAGAACGAUUACUUGUCUGGAGAAGAAGAAACGUAAAUGUUUGUUAGCUAAAGGGGACGAAGGGGAUGGUUUGAUAGAAAAGAUUCUUUGUAACACCGAGGAUCUAUUGUUGGAAUUGUUCUUUCCGGGCUUCAAGGCGAAGGAUCAGCCACCAGUUGAUGAUAAAACCGAUGUUAUAUCUAAGACUUCGAAGAAAACAUUGGCGGCUUCUACAACUACGAUACGAAAGAGUACUGCGAGUACUCAGAAGAAAGGAAAACGGAUGACAGAUGCGACUCGUUUGGAAGUUAUCGAAGACGGGAUUCGAAUACUCCAAGGGAACAUGUGUCUGGAGAAUCGCGCCGCAAACGAAACGUGUCACUUCAAAUCCUGUUUCUUCUCUGCACUGCUUUGCGUUCUGGCAAAAAUUAAACUGGAUCCAGAUCACUUCCGCCCGAGCACUCUCGAUCAGCUCAUCUUUCUCGGCGAUAAAAUCUAUCAGCGAACCGGAAGGCUUCGAUACAAACCGUACCGAUGGUUUCAGCACGUCGAGAUUCUUGAUAUGAUUUAUAACGCGAUCACGAAGCAGUCUGUUUACGCUGAUCCGGAGAACUGCCAGGAAGACGAGUUAUCAUUCAUGCUGGAAUAUUACCUGGAGAAAGACAAGACAGGAAUUCUCGUGUUUUCCAAUUGUUCGUACGCUUUCUGGACCGCGAACGAGCGAUAUUAUUUGUUCGAUCCUUACGCGUGCGACGAGAAAGGAAACGCAAGCGAAGAAGGUUUCUGCUGUCUGAUGGAAUUUUGUGAUCUAGCCGCGAUGUUGGAGAAGAUCGAACGCAACAUCGGAAAGAACAUCAACAAACCCUAUAGAAUUUACACGGUCUGCAUAGGUCACAUGGAAUCUAAAAAACGCAAGAAGAAACGAAAAAAGAAGAUAGUCCGUUGCGUGGAGAAGAAAACGGAGCAAGAGGUGCGCGCCGAAGAACCACCCGAAGUGGAACUAUCCACCGAGUCGGAGGUCUCUUUAAUCGAACAAACAGAUUGGGUAAAGACAGAGUCAAAAACGAGUCUAGUUUAUGAUAUGACCAUUGUUGGUUUUUCUCCUAUUAAACAUUACAACGCUUCGAUGCUCGAUGUGAUCGUUCUGGAAAACGAAAUCACCACUCCGUCGUUAGCACCCUUUAAGAAGUCUUCUUUGAGAUUGACGAAAGACAUGGACGAGUUCGAAGCAGUUAAAUUAUUGGUCAGAAGGAAGGUUUACGAUAGGAAGUUCAAACCUCACUCAGCAGUUACGACACCAUUGGAUCUCUGUGUUAUAGCGUGGUCCUUGAUCCAUGAUCCAAUUACUUGGUCUGUGAGGACAGUGAGAGGGUUGUUCGAGGCUAGCAUAGACUAUACCUUUGAUAGCAUUUUAGCUACUGAAGAUUCAACCGUUUCCGAAAUGACUGAUGGUUUGUUACCUGAAUUCGAGAUAGCUAAUUACGUCUUCAGGGUGGUUUUCGUUCCUCUUCAUUACGGGACACUAUAUUCUACCGAAGGUUGGAACCUCUCCAUGUCUUUGCAGAAGAUAUUCGAAACGCCUGGAUACACUGGAGUGGUCAUAGUUUGCGGGGAUGCUCAUGUAGGAGUGACGAAGAAGGACGACAACUGCUUUGCCUGGUGGACAAUCAGGAAGACGAAGACCUUGAGAUUCGUCACUUCCACAGAUAUGAAAGAGUUCUUGAAGUUGAUUGUCAAAGAGAUCAAUGAGCCUAAUGAGACGACGUUCGUAAUGAGAGUGAUCACGGUGUCCUAUGCUCAUAAAGUAGAUCCUGAUUGCAGCGACACCAAAGGUCUUCACGAACCUGUGGUACCAAGCACUUCUUUGCCGGAAGUUCAUCGAAUGCCCGCUGAACCUUACGAUCUUGAAGCUAUAUUCAGACCUACAGUGCCGGAUUCUAAACCGAUCUUCAUACUUGGAUCGGUUGCUUUGAGUAACAGGGAUGCUGUGACAGAGCCAAAGGUCAAGAGAUGUUACUUUGUCGCUGUUUUAGCGGUGAUGGUGAAGAGGGACAUCGUUCAGAGCCCCAUGCCAGGGAUGAUAGAUAAGAUUCUUGAAGUGGCCGAGUCGGUUUACAGGGAAUUUUCGGAACCGAAGUUUCAUAUAGAACAUAUUUUGCGUAAUGUUACCGUGAUGAACAGGAUCUUCGAUUUUCGCGAUUGUGCCUCAUCUUUGAUAACGCUUACGUUUAAUCCUCGGACCUUGAGGACUGAUUUUUAUGUUCAGGUAAGAAAACACUUGAGAAGAUACUUCAAAUCGUAUUCAAGUGGAAUUAUACAUUUCACGAACUGCUGUUAUGGUUUCUGGUACUCGAGAGCAACAAACGCUUAUUAUUACGUGGAUCCUUAUCAAUGCAACGAAAAAGGAAGAAAAGUAUCAAGCGGUGGAAAAGCCUGCCUCUGCAUCUUUUCAACAGUCUGUCAGAUGGUGAAGAAUAUGUGUCUGAACCAAUUUGAAGAAACAACAGGUUUCUUUAUUCAUCAACUUCACGUGGACUCGGUAAACGUACCACCAUUCAAGACCUUCAAGGAAGAUCCAAUGUGGUUGUACCUGGAUUACCAUUGGAACUUCAGGCACGCUCCAAACAUCGUGAAAUCUCAUACUAAGAAGAGGAAAAAAGAAGCCGAGGAGGGCGAUGAAACAGUGAAACAAUUCUGGAACAAUUAUGCUGUCGAGGUGUCUAAUCUCAUUUAUUCAGCUUGGGGCACUAUUGGUUCCUACGAUUCCAGAUUCGGUGAUCGUGCUGGGAAGAAUCAGGCUGCCAUUUGCGUGGCUGUGCUAGCCAUGCAGUACCUAAGUCAUCCGUCAAGAUGGGGUCCAGCCAUAUUGGACUCGGCAGUGAUUUGUGGAGAUUCUUAUUACACAGAAAGCUUGAAAAGCUCGAUGAAAAAAUAUACUAAACAUUUCAACAGAUUUAACCUUCAAACCUGUUUCAAAAUCUUCCCUCAUUCGUGGACCAUUCAAUUUAGGGAGAGCAUCUGUGGCAUUCUCUAUGGUACCAAAAACCGAAUGACAUUGGCUACUGCCCUAGUAUUAGCUUUCCAAGAAUCACCAAAUGUUCUGAUAGAAUGUAACAAAAUCACGUUGGCAGCCUUGGCAGCCAAGGAUGGAUACUAUGUAGCAGAUCCUUGCUGGGUUGGACCACCUCUGUUCAACAAGGACCACGGAGCCAUUUACGUACUCCGCUGCAGAAACAUGAAUUCCUUGGUCUACGCGGUGGUAAAGAUGUUAAACACCAAUCAGAGGCUGAAUUUCCGUUUGACACCUGUCGUAUUCACGUUCGAACAAGAAGAUUUCAACUUCAUGGACAAUAAGACUCGCGAAUCGAAGAGAAAGGUCCUCUUAGAACCUGUUAGGAUUACUCCAGGAAAGGUGGAUGAAGCUGGUCCACCGAUACCCGGUGCCCAUACCACACCUGAAGGAGAUUCAUAUCUGUCGUACAAUAAGAACUUCACUUUGGGUAAACUGAAAAGCCACGAGCUGGAAAAUCCUGAAUGGCCUUCUGUGGAACCAGUCUUGGAAGAGGAAAACAGAACCAGCAUGCAUGUCAGCACUACUUGGCACAUUAAUUUCGGCCAGGCUGCACCCUUGGACAGGGCCACGCCUGUGUUCGAUUCUCAGGCCUUCCAACACGUACCUGAAGAGUGCGAAAACCGUGUCGUCGAUUCUUAUGAACCUCUUCGUCCGGUUCAGAGGUCGGUCACCGACUUCCUGACUGCCUGUAACGAUUAUCCUAGAGUGUUAGAUUUCGCUGGCAAUCGUGUUGUCACGCAAGGACCACCGCUUCAUUGUACUGCUGCUCGAAGCUUCCUUACGGAAACAGCUCGCGAAGAAUUCCGUUCGUACACAGCGGAUAUGGCUAAGAAUGUCUACAAGACCUAUAAACAUCGACUUCCCAAACGUAGUGUACACAGCGUCACUAAAUCAGUGAGUCAGAAAAUCGGUGGUGGUGAAUAUCCUUCGGCGACAGGCAUUCAUACGAUCACCGAAGAGGAGGCGGAAUCGUCUAUCAGAGAUUCGCCUGAUACAGGAAGAGAAACGGAAUACGAAACGAUGACGGAAGCAGACGAUGAUGCGGAGGAUGAAGCGGAAACCACUGCGGACGAGGAUUAACAAACGGAGAACGCUGGAUAUCUCAAAUGUGGAUCUCAGGAGUAUCAGAUGAAGGAUCAGAAACUAUGAUGCAUGUCAAAUGAGGACAUUGAAAUCUGGUGCAGCGAUCAUCGUGUUUCUCGUCGAUGGUUCGAGAUCAGGGACGAUAACGUGUGGAUGCUGAUAAAAAAUGAGGGGGUGUUGUUUUUCUGCCUGAGGUGACUUACCCCUGGACAGUGUCAUGCCUAGAGUACGGAAUCGCAAGGUAAUUGUUGUUGUUUCUCCUUAUUCUUUACUUGGCCCGACUUGCAUGCUGUCCUAUCGGUAGCGGCACAACACACAAGACAUUUGUAUACAUACAGGAAAUAUGCGAAGCCGCCCUCAACCCCGUUACCAGCCUUCCAUCCGCCCUCCUACUUCGCUGCAUGCAGACGAGAGGACGAAACUCGAUUUUCCUCGUAAUCAGACCGAAGUGCCGGCGUUGCACACAGCCAGGAUGUUAAAAUUCAAGACAAGGAUGCAUUUAAAGGUUACGGUAACGUGGACGUUUAUUGUUGGCGAUUCGUUCAACUGUGAACAUUCCCAUCGACGGGGUGCAUCAAAUGCAUUUACAGAUCCAAAAGACACCCAAGCACUAGCAGUAGAAGAAAGAGUGGCAUUGUGGUUCCUUCGAAGGAAUACAAAAUGAACUGUACUACCCAUUCCUCUAAUAAACCAAUUUCUAACAUCUACAAAGAAGAUGGACGAAAGGAUGUCCACCAAAAAGUUUGAUCGUCUGGACAGUUGGGAAGCUCGUUGAAGAAGCUCUUCGGACGGCAAUCUCGGUGAAACGGUCACAAAUCUUCGUAGAGAUUAAGGUCGAUUUACAGGCCAGUAAAUCAACUCAUCAUCCACGCUCCUGUCCCCAUCCUUGGAUUUACCCCUUUUUCAAGACGGAUCGCUAAGGUUCGAUCUCGUCUGGAGAUCGAUAGGGAAGCGUAUCGUCGUCUGGUCGUGCGACGAACCUGGCAAAUCGGUUUUGCUGUCCCGAUGAUGGCGUCGGAAUCGAGUUACGCAAAAUGGAUUUCGCGUUAAAUAACCGUCGCUCGUUUCUCGUCGGACGCGUACCGAUGCUUUUCGUCCUACUUGCCGCUUAUUAUGAAACACUACUAGCGAUCAAAAUGCGUAAUCUCGUCGCGCUGUGUAAAACGAGAGACCGUCAAUUUCGUCAUCCGAGAAGAUUCGUCUGAAACUUGACGAUUGGUGAAACAUGUUGCUAUUUUAUUUUUCAAUCCCUUCGUGUAAAUAGUAGGUACAAUAUUGAUGCCAUAUAAAUUCCACAAAAGCAAAGUUAAUUAUUCUGUCCUUUGAACGGUUCAUUUAAAAAAUUUUCCUUACAAUAAGACUUUUCUUAAGGAAACCUAUCGCGUAGAUUCGGUAUAAUGGAACAGGAGGCGAUACGUUCGAUAGAUUGGAAAGUUGGUCAACCAAGUAACGUUCGACUGAACAAAGAUCACUGUCGAGCGGCAUUUAUCGCGAUUCUCCGUGUGUUUGUUUCUUUACAAUAGGAACGGUUUAUAACAGCUCCGGUAGCUGCGUUUCCUUCCACUUGUUCAAGAAGUUUCAUGCCUCCGUUGCUGCCAACAACGAUCGCGUCGCGACGUCGAGCAUUUCUGUUGCAAAAGCAACGGCCCCACGGUUCGUUAAACCGUAACAAUUAAACCGGGAACAGAACUUUCGAGCUCUCUGUUCCUGAUUAUUAACGAUUCUGCGUAAACGACUCGUCCCGUCCCUCUAGAUGCUAACAGAAUUUUCAAUUUACCCUAAUAUUUGCCUUCCUUGUUUUACCUGCUCCCAGUAAAUGGAACGCUUCAAAACGGAGGGCUGUGGCUCGAAUGCAACCUCGGGAGGGUGCAAUCGAAUUGAUCGAAGAAAAUACCAACCCUUAUGCUACCAACCAUGUUAAACGAGCGAAUUUGUAUUAAUGAACGCGCGUGAAUUAUUUGAACGGAGUUGAUUAAAGAAAACAGGGCUUCUGAUUUUUCGUAAACAUUCUUCCUUUUAAUAAUACUGCUUUAUUAGUGUAGUUAUCUAUUUUCAAAUUUACUAGUUAGUCUCCUGAGAGUUUAAUUGGGUUUUUAUAUUGGAAGAUUGUAAUUAUUUUCGAUGGCAAAACACGUAAGCCGUGCAUAGAAUAUUCUACGAUUGGUCGACGUCAAAAUUUAGACGUCCAACUGGAAGUACCCUCGCUCGUUCGAGGCAUUUAUCUGGUGAGUCCAAUCUUGGUUCGAGCGUGAAAUUAUGACUCACUGUCCGGGCCAAAGAUGUAAACACGACCCGAAACAUUAUCGUUAAGCCCACGCAACGGCAAGGGACGCGAAAGUGGACGCAAUUGGAUCCGACGACGCUUGUUGCGGCGUCAUUUUGCGCGGACCGACAGCCUGUAUUUUCCCGUAAUAACCGCGUGCACGUUCUUCCAUGUUGCCCGCGCGAUGAAUGUUGACAUUAACCGUUCGUUUCUUCGACGAUCAGGAACAAAAUAAACUCUGCCACAUGCGAUUCUAAAAAUUACAGACUGGUACGAGUAUUACCUAUAGUGCACCCGAACUAGAUUUUCAAAAAUUUAAUUACGAAGGGUAGAAAUAUGAAAUAUGAAUUGUGAAUUGUGCACAGUAUUGCGAACAGAAAUUCUACUGUUAUCAGAAGUGAAUUUAUAGCAGGUAUUUGUCCGAUCAAUAGACUUUUGUACAAAUUAUAUAGAUACAAAACGUGGAUUUCAACAAAAUUAUUCAAUUCAUAAAAUAGUAUUUUCCUCGUGAAACAAAUAGUAUUUGUGUAGAAAGCCUUCGGUUUCGAAUAUUAAUGGUCUUUCGUGAUACUUCAAAAUAGUAUAUUUAAUUUGCAAUAAUCUGAUAAUAGCAGAUAAAGAAAGAAUGAAAGUUCGCAAACGAAGGGGCUGUGAAAAUCAUAUGUGAUUAUUAUUAUUUCAUGGAUUGGACUGGUUCGCAUUUAGUUAAACUCAAAUUACCUUAGCGUUAAGCGUAACGCGACUCUGGCUAAUAUCCAAUUGAGUUUAUUGGCUUAGCUGAAAGCCGGAGUAGAUUUUGGUUAGAUUUAGCUUAAGCUUGAACGAGAAUCCCGUUGGAUCUAUUAAUCGUGAAUUGGGCUAACAACGAAUCCGUGUAAACAUCGAGUUUACACUGCACCAAUCUUGAAUUACAAUCGUGAAGAAAAUUCACCAUUCCUUGAUAGAAAUUUUACAAAUUCCACUUAAUUGAA